GAUGGAAUUUGCUACAGCACUUGUAUUUAUAUUCAUAGCCUGUGCUUGCGGUAUAGUUUGGGCCAUAUUUAAUUGGAUGGCAGUGCACAAAGUGGAAAUACAUCAUAAACAUGAAGGAUUAACUGAAUUACUAUAAGGAGCUGAAUAAGAAAAGAUUGAGACCUUGUUAGAGAUAGGAGAACACAUAUAAGAUGUAAGAAAAUAAGUUUAUGAUAGGGUGCUUAAGCAUUUUUAAGAGAAGAAUAUACAGAUUGCUCAGUAUUUUUAGCAAUAAUGGCUGCAUUAUUGAUUGUAAGUAUAUUAAAAAUAAUCUUAGUUCAUUUCACCAUGGUCAUCAUUGGCCUUUAUUUUAGGAGCAGGAACAUCAAUGCUUUGUGGUUAUUUAGGUAUGGCAAUUGCAACAGCUGCAAACUUUAGAACAGCUUUUUCAGCAAUCACAUCAUUAGCGAAUGCGUUUUAAGUAAUUAUGAAUUUAAAAAUUACAAGAUGGCCUAUAGAGGAGGAUGUGUAAUGGGAUUCUUAUUGGUUUCUAUAUCACUAGCAAUUCUCUCACUUAUCAUAAUUAUAUACAAUGCUGUUAUUGUAAAAAGUGAUGAAAACAAUUAUGAAGAUUUGGUGAGAAUGUUUGAUUAUGUUGCUGCUUAUGGAUUAGGUGGAUCUACAUUUGCCUUAUUUGGUAGAGUAGGUGGUGGAAUAUACACUAAAGCUGCAGAUGUUGGAGCUGAUUUAGUAGGAAAAGUAGAGAAGAAUUUACCUGAAGAUAGUCCCAAAGUAAUAUAUUUAUAAUUACUAUUUAUAGAAUCCAGCCACAAUUGCUGAUAAUGUUGGUGAUAAUGUUGGUGAUAUUGCAGGAAUGGGAGCUGAUUUAUUUGGAUCAUUUGCUGAAUCUACUUGUGCUGCUUUAGUUGUGUCAUCAACUCAAUUAAGAGUUUAAUCUGAUACAGGUAAUACAAUAGAAAUUGGAUAAUUGAUGUAUCCUUUAAUGGUUUCAGCAUUUGGAAUUGGAAUAUGUAUAUUAGUAUCUGCUUAUGCUGUUUACAUUUCAAAAGUAAAUCAUAUUAACAAAAUUGAAUCUACAUUGAAAUUUUAAUUGUUACUUUCAACUCUUGCUUUAUCUCCAAUUAUUAUUGGUAUUUCAUAUUGGGCUUUACCACCUGAUUUUAUUAUGAUUGCUGCUGAUGGUUCAGUCUAAUUAUCAGGUCUAAAACCAUAUCAUGCAUUCCUUUGUUCUUUAUUAGGAUUAUGGUCAGGAUUGUUAAUUGGUUAUUUUACUGAAUACAUGACUUCACAUUCUUAUAAUCCAGUAAGAGAAGUAGCCAAAUCUUGUGGUACAGGAGCAGCAACCAAUAUUAUUUAUGGAUUGGCUUUGGGAUAUCUCUCAACAAUAGUUCCAAUUAUAGCUAUUGCAGUAACUGCAUUAUUAUCAAUGAAAAUGCUUUCAUUUUAUGGAGUUGCCUUAGCUGCUUUGGGAAUGUUAUCCAAUUUGACUAUUGGAUUAGCUAUAGAUGCAUAUGGACCAAUAUCUGACAAUGCAGGUGGUAUUGCUGAAAUGAGUGAAUUGGGAGCAAAUGUUAGAGAAUCUACUGAUGCUUUAGAUGCAGCUGGUAAUACAACUGCAGCUAUUGGUAAAGGAUUUGCUAUUGGAUCAGCAGCCUUAGUAUCAUUAUCACUUUAUGGUGGAUAUUUAACAAGAAUAUAGACUUACAAAGUAGGUGAUGAAUUCCCAUUCUCUGAAGGUGCUAAAAUUGAUGAUCCUAUAAUAUUUGCUAUGUUAUUAAUUGGUGCUAUGUUACCAUAUGCAUUUUCUGCUUUUACAAUGAAAUCAGUUGGAAAAGCUGCUUUAUAAAUGGUUGAAGAAGUUCGUAGAUAAUUACAUGAACACCCUGGUAUAUAUGCAGGAACAGAGGAACCUGAUUUUAGAGCUUGUAUUGCUAUUUCAACUAAGGCAUCAUUAAAAGAGAUGAUUCCUCCUGGAUUACUUGUAAAUUAUUUGAUUUAUUUGAAUUUAGGUUAUAGUGACACCUACUGCAGUUGGAUUGUUCUUUGGACCAUAAGCAGUUGCUGGUUUAUUACCAGGAGCAUUGGUAAGUGGAGUACAAAUGGCUAUAUCUGCUUCAAACACAGGUGGUGCUUGGGAUAAUGCUAAGAAAUACAUUGAAGCUGGUUUUUAUAGAAAUGAAGCAGGAGAAGUUAAGAAGAAAGGUUCAGAUGAACAUAAAGCAGCUGUUAUAGGUAAAAUAAAUAAUUAUUUUUAGGUGAUACUGUUGGAGAUCCUCUUAAAGAUACAUCAGGACCAUCAUUGAAUAUUUUGAUUAAGUUGAUGGCCAUCCUUUCUUUGGUAUUAGCUGGAGCAUUUUGUAGAACUGGAUGGUUGUAUUAAGGAUGAUCG